UGUGUGUUUGCAGCUCGCGCGACUAGCUUCCCAGACCAGCUAGCGCACGAAAAAAAACGGCAGCUUCUUUUAGCUUUAGCCGCCCGUUCUCCGGAGAGGGAAGAAAAAAAAAACGGGACCGGAGACGACUCGGGCCGACUGUACUACCACACGUCUGAAUGUGUGCAGAUAAGGUAGUGCACGUUUUGCACUGACUUGAGCCCCUUUUUAUGCAACCCACCCUCCUCAGCAGGCACGACCAUGUCCGACGCUGCUAGCACCGCUUCCACAGACAACAACGGAGACUCCGGGCUCAACGGGUCCUGGGUGGAGUUGGAGAUGAACAGAGCUCAUCAAGCCCAGUCACCCUCCACAAGUGGCCCAGGCCUGCUGCCUCUUCCUCAGGUGGAGGAAGAAGAGGCCAUAGUGGGGGGCCUGGAGCAUGUCCCAUCCUCGUCCUCAAUCCACAACGGAGACAUGGAGAAGAUCCUGUUGGACGCCCAGCACGAGUCGAGCCGCAGCAACUCUUCCUGUGACAGCCCCCCGCGGCCCCACACUCCCCAGGAUGAGGGACAGAUCAUCUUCGACGUGGACGUGAGCGGCAGAAGAGACAGCCAAUCUGAAGAGGAUGUCUUGGACAAGGAUAGAGACAUGGACAUCCUGAUGAAGGACGCAGAUUGGGUUGCUGACUGGUCCAGUCGACCGGAAAACAUUCCCCCCAAGGAAUUUCAUUUCCGUCACCCUCGACGCUCAGUAACGCUCAGCAUGAGGAAGACUGGGGCCAUGAAGAAAGGAGGCAUCUUCUCUGCCGAGUUCCUCAAAGUCUUCAUCCCCUCGCUGCUACUAUCACACAUCCUCGCUCUGGGCCUGGGUGUCUACAUCGGAAAGAGGUUGACCACGCCACCCGCCAGCUCUUUCUGAACCCAAACCUGAAGAAAAGUGCCUGAGAAGUGGCCAUGAGUCGUCGGAGAACGUUUUGCUGUUGUGAGAAGAAUGCCCGUCUCUCCUCCCUCUGUCCCGCCUGCCCCUCUCUUCCCCUCCUCAGCCCUGAGAUAUGACAUGUUCUCAGGUGAAAUGCAUCCGCCUUCUCCUCUGUCUCCCCUUCCUUCCUUCCUCCCUUUUUUUUUUCUCAAUCAGUUAUUCUGACUGUCUGUAGAUAUAUCCCCCUAUUCUCCCCUUAUAUCCUCCACUCAUUUGUAUAAGCUUUUCAAGAACGAAUAAGGUCAUAUUUCCCCGAUUCCCCCAGCAAUUGGGUUAAAAAUGUUUAUAACGGGUGGGUUUUCAGGGAGGGUUGCAGCAUUAAACCAAACUCUUCUACUUCACAUGCUGUUUCAGUGCCCUUUUGAUGAUGUGACAACAAGGGAGGACUGUUGUAGACCACAGAUUGUGCCACCUGCACGAGUAGCCCAACACUCGACCUCGACAAGGGUUCGACCAAAUUCAGAGUCGGCUACGCAGCCUGAAAAUGUGAUCAUGCCUUUCUUUUUUUGAGAGUAGCCAUUUUGUUGAUUAUCUUUUAGGUAUUAUCUUUCUUUUUUUAAUUUAUUUUACAACAGUGGUGGCGUAUUGAGAAGUUGUAACGAUGAAAGUUGCCACAGUGGCCAACCCGAACCACGAACACUCAUGAAUUGCACUGUGGGGAGACUCUGGCUCCGUCUGCCAGGAGGUAGAUUUAAGUGACCAUUUUGUUUUUCAGCGUUUCAAGUAGAACGAUCUGUUGAGCCGUGCAUCUGAAUGGAUAUUUUGCUUAGUGACAAUAACUGGAAACCAGGGUGCAGGUGAGAGUUGUGCAGGCAGACAGUGCGUCCCGCUCAGUGUGUACACUAACAGUAUUUUGCGGUCUGGUUUUGGGUAACGGCGCCGUACGGUCCAGAAAAGGUUCAGUCGUCUUUUCCAAACUGUGUUGUGGGUUUGUCUGCAACAUUCUGCUUCUUUUACUCCAGAUCUGGCUGGACAUGGCAUGAAACUGUGCUGAUUGUUUAAAAAAAAAGAAAAGAAAAGAAAAAAAGUGUGUAUUUUAAGUAAUCAGAAAAGAUUUGGUUCUAAAAAACUUUUUGAUUUGAGAUAUAUAGUUCUGGAAAUUUAUCUUGAGGAUAUUUCGUGUGAUUUUAUUUUAAAAAGGAGCAGGUGUUCCAUGAAAAAAGUAAGUUAAAUUUCUGCGUAUACAAAGAGAAUUUGCUGUUAUUAUCAUUGUUAUUAAGGAAACAAACAUCCAGUGCAGCCAGCCCUGCCUCUUGACACUCCAACACGUUUUGCCAAAAUGUCUGGAAAAGACGCAGAAAUGCUCCGUGAAGCUGCAAGAUGAAGGGAUGAGCGAGCGAGUUUGUUCAGGCGGAAGAUCUGGUGAUCGUCUAUAUUCGGCUAAAAUGCAGCAGCAGCAGCUUCUAAUUGACUGAAGGUGGGGGUUUGUGUAAACACAGGUGGUUGGCUCGAAUGUUCAUGUGUUCUCACUACGUGGCUGAAAAACACAACAUCACACCUCGGCUUCGUUGCAACAUCUCCGAAGCUGGACUGUGAUCAGUUUUUUUUUUUGUCACGAGCCAGAGCUGGGCCAACAACUUUUGCAAUUUUAGAAGCUCAGAUUUCCCCGAACACCGCGUCUCUCGGGGUUAUUCUGUUUCUGCAUGACACACAAGAGUUAAUGCGCUGCAGAGUCUUUCCGUGCUGCUAGCGGUGAGAGAUCUUGUGUGCGCUGAGAUCUUUGGUUUGUUCUGCGCUCCACCAGCAGCCAGUGUUUUCAGUCAUCCACGAGUAAAUGAACUCGCAGCGUUUUCGGUUUAUUUUCCUCUUCUAACUGCUUGUUGCAGACUACUUUGUUGACAUGUAAUGACACAAUGAGUCCCAGUGAAGCUGUCUUUACAAACUUGCCUGGAACAACAACAAAUACUGACAAAAAUGCAUUUUAGUGUCAGCUUUUGCAAGAAAGAAACGGGCAAAAAAAUCUGACAAACAACCACAGAUGACAGCAAAAUUUGCAGCAGGUACUACUGAGACGAGCAGAUUUAAUUAAUAACUCAUUAACAACCAACAUGGACCACGUUAAGGUCACCAUUGUGGCCUCGUUGUGUCAUUUCAGCCUCAGCGAUACUAAACCUCCAUGUUUCUGCCUGUGUUUCUACAUGCAGCAUUUGAGCAGUGGUGUUUCGGAUUGUUCUUUCCUGUGUAGUUUGUUUUGAAUUGUUUUUUUUCCUCCCUGGUGUCGAAGAAAGAUUGUGAACGCACAGAGCGGGAGUCAAGUUUGUCAUAGAUCAUGUUAAAAAAGUGAGAAAACAAAACCCCCAUUGUUGAUGGCUGGGCCUGAUGUGAAUAGACGUGGAAAGUGCAGAAGGAGGUUUCCCUCAGACUGUGGUGGUCUAACAGUAGUUAUUGUAAUGCUGCAUUUGCUUUAAGUUUCUUUUUUUCCCACUACAUUGGAGGAAUUGAUAAACAUUUUGUCAUUAAAGAUGACCCGAAUGAAGCUA